AUGCAAAUUAGUCCGAUUCAAUCCGGAUACUCGAUACCAAAAGCGUAUCGCGUGCGAUGGGUUCGUUUCUUCCGUCCGUUAUAUCGACUGCUCCAACGGAUUGGGUCCAUCCCUUCAUUUAAAUUGAGACUGAGCACCUCUUGGAUAGGGUCAAUCUACCCGAGCCCUUUUUUCGACAUGGACAUGCGGCCAUACUCGUGGUACUGGAUGCAUGGGGAGACGAAGCAGGCAAUCGUUCUAAACAAUGUUCCGGUCGGCCGGCGUCAGAGGAAGCGGCCACCUCUACAGAUCGAGCCGCUCGUCGCUUCCCUUCGACACGUCGGCCGCUGCGAUCUGUCGGGCUGUACUGCACACGCCAUUUCCGGGAUCAUUAAAUUUCUCGGAUGCAGACCGGAGUCUGUGGCAAAUCAUCUCGUUGACGUAUGGACUCUCUACGGACUGCACGAGGGGAUGGCAGAUGAGCAAUUGGCAAAGCGGAUUGAACUGGCAAAAUGGGCAACGCGAGCAUUCGUGUGUAAUGGUGGCAGGGUGGAUAAUUGCUUGCGGAUCCUUCGGGAAAUUCUGUCCAGAGGUGCAGAACUAACACCCGGCACCAUCUACACAAUCAACUUUCGAAACCCGAGACGGGGCGAAACGAAAGUGCUCAAGAAAGAAGUGGAAAAACUGGUGCUGGGCAGACGUUUGAAUGAAGUCGAUGAUCAGGACGAGAUCUCGCGGAUACGCGACGCCCAUGAGCGCUAUAUGCCGGCGGUUUAUGCGGUACAUCGAUCGCACUACUACCAGCCCAAAUGUCAUGAACCAGGUGCAUUGAUUAUGUAUCGCAGGGCAUCUGCACUGGAAGUGGCCCUGCCCGCCAACUACACAUUUGAGCUGCCGAAGACGAUAUGGAAAAUCCGGCAUUUGGGCGCGAAAAACGUGGCCCUGCAGUUCCCGGAAGGGCUGCUGAUGUACGCGUGUCUGAUCGCCGACAUUCUGGAGAAGCACACCGGUUGCGAGACGGUCAUCAUGGGCGACGUCACCUACGGCGCAUGCUGCGUCGACGAUUUCACCGCCAAGGCUUUAGGCUGUGAUCUGCUCGUCCACUAUGGGCACAGCUGCCUCGUCCCAAUCCAGAAUACUGAGGGCAUCGCCAUGCUCUACAUUUUUGUCAACAUCGAGAUCAACCUCUCGCAUUUUGUCGAUUGUCUUAAGGCCAACUUUGAGCCGUUGCAAAUAGCGAUCGUCAGCACGAUCCAGUUCAUCCCGUCGUUGCAGGCCGUUCGCCAGCUGCUCAGCAAUGACGGCUACACGAUUGUGAUGCCGCAGUGCAAGCCGUUGAGUCCGGGCGAAAUCCUCGGCUGCACGUCGCCGCGGCUUGGCGAUGAUGUGGACCGGCUAAUUUACCUCGGCGACGGGCGCUUCCACCUCGAGUCGAUCAUGAUCCACAACCCGAAAAUCGCCGCCUUUCAAUACGACCCUUACGCCAGGAAGUUGACGAGGGAGCACUACGAUCACUCAACGAUGCGCAAUAACCGCGGAGCGGCCGAGCUCGUCGACAAGCUGAAGAGCAAGGGCAAGGAGGUGACCGUCGUCGUUCUUUCGGAGAUUUUCCCGGCAAAACUCGCGCUGUUUGACGAGAUUGAGUGGUGCAUUGAUUAUGUAUCGCAGGGCAUCUGCACUGGAAUGGCCCUGCAGUUCCCGGAAGGGCUGCUGAUGUACGCGUGUCUGAUCGCCGACAUUCUGGAGAAGCACACCGGUUGCGAGACGGUCAUCAUGGGCGACGUCACCUACGGCGCAUGCUGCGUCGACGAUUUCACCGCCAAGGCUUUAGGCUGUGAUCUGCUCGUCCACUAUGGGCACAGCUGCCUCGUCCCAAUCCAGAAUACUGAGGGCAUCGCCAUGCUCUACAUUUUUGUCAACAUCGAGAUCAACCUCUCGCAUUUUGUCGAUUGUCUUAAGGCCAACUUUGAGCCGUUGCAAAUAGCGAUCGUCAGCACGAUCCAGUUCAUCCCGUCGUUGCAGGCCGUUCGCCAGCUGCUCAGCAAUGACGGCUACACGAUUGUGAUGCCGCAGUGCAAGCCGUUGAGUCCGGGCGAAAUCCUCGGCUGCACGUCGCCGCGGCUUGGCGAUGAUGUGGACCGGCUAAUUUACCUCGGCGACGGGCGCUUCCACCUCGAGUCGAUCAUGAUCCACAACCCGAAAAUCGCCGCCUUUCAAUACGACCCUUACGCCAGGAAGUUGACGAGGGAGCACUACGAUCACUCAACGAUGCGCAAUAACCGCGGAGCGGCCGAGCUCGUCGACAAGCUGAAGAGCAAGGGCAAGGAGGUGACCGUCGUCGUUCUUUCGGAGAUUUUCCCGGCAAAACUCGCGCUGUUUGACGAGAUUGAGUGUUGGGUGCAAAUCGCGUGCCCUCGACUGUCGAUUGAUUGGGGAACGUUCUUCGCGCGCCCGCUGCUCACCCCCUACGAGCUGAACGUGGCGCUGGAUUCGCUCGAAUUUCCGGAUGGCUACUAUCCGAUGGAUUUCUACGCCUACGAGUCGAAGGGCCCAUGGACGCCAAACCACGAAUCACACCGGCCGCAGCGCGUUCGCCGUCGGGCCCCGAUCGUCGUCGGCCAGUCGGCCAGC